GUGUGCGGAGGCUCGGUCCGCCCUGACCUGCGGGCAUUUUUUUGAAUUUGACAGCUGCGCAGGCCCUGUGCGGGCAGGAUGUGUGUGGGGACGCGCGGCCAUGAGCAUCUUUAUUUAGGUCUCUCCCCCUCACCUGCGUUCCCUCCUCCCUUCCAUUUAAAACCUGAACAGUUCCUCGUGAGAUCCAGCUCUGUCAAGAGAAAAAUGUUUGUUUCUUUGUGGGAGUUCUUCUAUGGGCACUUUUUUCGGUUUUGGAUGAAGUGGCUGUUACGACAGAUGACUGGGAAGUGUGAGCUGCAGCGGAUUUUUGAUGCCUAUGGGGGUGCCCAGAGGACACACAGAAUAGAAAAUUCCUUGACAUACUCUAAGAAUAAGGUUUUGCAGAAAGCGACGCGGGUUGCAGAGAGUGAAGUGGACCAGUGUGUGGAGGACAUAAUGAAGGAGAAGAGCAUCAGCCCCGAGAAGGAUGCCAGUUUUAAAAUCUGCAUGAGGACCUGCCUACUGCAGAUAACUGGCUAUAAACAGCUCUACUUGGAUGUAGAGAAUGUGAGGAAAAGGCCGUAUGAUUCUGAUAAUGCUCACCACGAGAAACUGCUCCUCAAGCUUUGGAAUCUUCUAAUGCCCACGAAGAAGUUGACGGCCAGGAUCUCCAAGCAGUGGGGUGACAUUGGUUUUCAGGGUGAUGACCCGAAAACGGACUUCAGAGGCAUGGGCAUACUCGGAUUAAUCAACCUCGUGUAUUUCAGUGAAAAGUAUACCAGUGAAGCUCACCAGAUCCUCUCCCGCUCAAAUCAUCCAAAAUUAGGGUAUUCUUAUGCAAUAGUUGGAAUCAAUCUCACAGAGAUGGCUUAUAGCUUACUGAAGAGUGAAGCUUUGAAGUUUCAUCUCUACAACUUUGUCCCUGGAAUACCAACAAUGGAACACUUUCACCAGUUUUAUUGUUAUCUUGUCUAUGAGUUUGACAAGUUCUGGUUUGAAGAAGAGCCGGAGAGCAUCAUGUAUUUCAACCUAUACCGGGAGAAGUUUCAUGAGAGAAUUAAAGGACUCCUAAUGGAUUGCAAUGUGGCACUCACUUUAAAAAUGUAGUCACCCAUAGGAUCUGCUAUUUCUACCACAUUUUGCACACACAACAGAAUUUAUAUGUUGUAAUAGAAAUUAUCUGAUCAAUUACACUCAUAUAUAAUUUCCUACAAAAAUACUUGAGAAAUUCUAUUUAAGAAUGCUAGUGGACAAUCAGUGUAUGUUUACAAUGGUUUAUACACUGUUCUCCAAAGGUCCCUUAUCCUUCCAAAGAUCCCUUCUGGAGCCACGUGAACUACAGUUUGGAACUUAGGACUUAGCCCGGUAGUGUAAAGUCAAAAUCAGGUAUUUAUAUCUGUCAGUUGGUUUUCAUUUCUAUGUCUUGUAGCUCUCAACUUGGUGUCAUGUUCAAAGCUCUUCCAGAUUGGUGUUUCAGUCUAGACAUGGGUGUUUUUCACCUGCUUCAUCGUCGUCUGUUGUCUAGGACUGCGUAGACCUUCAGGGCUGUCUGUGCGUCUCAGUCCCUUGUCAGAUGUCUCGGGGUAGCAGGGAGAGUGGAGGCUUGCCGGAGACGGCGAGAAUCAUGGCCUCGCUUUGGGAGCAUAAGAAAAGGAGAGGAUGAAAGUCUUGGUGCUUAGCCUUUUCUGCGUCUAAAGAACACACUUUCAAAGUGUUACGCUGAGGUGUAUGACAUUUACUCGUGGUCAGUAUUUGCAUUCCCUCAGUUAUAGAAAAGAACCUGAGGGCUGGAGAGGUGGCUCACUAGUUAAAAGCACUUGCUUGCAAAGCUUGACAGCCCAGGUUCAAUUCACUAGUCCCCACAUAAAGCCAGAUAAACAAAGUGGUACAUGAGUCUGGAGCUGUUGUGCAGUGGCUGGAGUUCUUGGUGCUGCCCAUAUUCACUCACUGUCUGUCUCUCUCUCUCUCUCAAGUAAAUAAAUAAUAUUCUAACAAAGUAAAGAACAGAACCUGACCCAGUGUUUUGCUGUGAGGACCUCUAUGAAAGGAGAUGUAUUUGCUCAGAAAAUCUUGAAUAUACUCCUAAAACAUUUUUUUUUAAGGUAAAGCUGUCUUGCCUGGCAUGGUGGCAGACACCUUUAAUCCCAGCAAUCUGGGAGGCAGAGGUAGGAGGAUUGCCAUGAGUUCGAGGC